AUACGAGACAUCACCGUUGUUACAUGCAACAAAUGGCGCGCACUUCGAGUGUUUGGGUCGUGUAGUAGGAGUGGAUGGGAGCGCGUUGACAGAGACUUGUUUCUACGGAAGGGGUGGAUUCAGCAAGCGUUUGUGCUUAUUGACCGGAGGGCAUCAUCAGACGAUAAGAGUGUUAUUAGGGAGGUUCGUUCAGGGCGUUUGGCUUUUGCAGAGACGGGUAUUGCAUGGGAAUAUAGACCGGGAGGCAUCUGGAUACAGCGGGAAGCAGCUGCACCUCAUGACGCAGUCACAGGAGUUGACAUUUUGUAUGGUAUUGAUGCAGUGGAAGUAAGACCUGGUUGGUCACUGGUUCGUGGUGGAACAUUGGAGCACAGCGAGGCGCAUCUAUCCAUACGGCACGGAGUGAUAAAGACGUUUAGAAAGCCGGAGGUGCGGGUGAAUGCGAACGGGAAGUUCAAGGUGUUACAGGUUGCGGACUUGCAUCUUUCUACAUCCGUUGGAGCGUGUCGAGACGCUGAACCAGCAGAUACUGCGGCCAAUUGCGAGGCUGACCCGAGGACCCUGGAGUUUCUCACACGCAUCCUGGAUGAAGAGAAGCCAGAUAUGGUCGUAUUGACUGGCGACCAAAUCAACGGCGAUACAGCACCGGAUACACGGUCGGCCAUGUAUAAGUUCGUUGAGCCGUUGAUAGCACGGCGAAUGCCUUAUGCGGCAAUCUUUGGAAACCACGACGAUGAAGGAGACCUAACCCGAGCGGAGCAGAUGAAGCUGCUUGAAGGCUUACCAUACAGUCUCAGCCAGGCAGGUCCCGCGGAUAUUGAUGGCGUUGGUAACUACGUGAUCACCAUUCCUGCCGCGAACGAUGACUUUCCCGCCUUGACCUUUUACUUUAUCGACACGCACAAAUACUCGCCGGACGAGAAGAACCAGCCAGGAUACGAUUGGAUCAAGCAAAGCCAGAUCUCGUGGUUUAACCAAGAACAAGCUGGGCGUGUCGAGCAGAAGGAUACCCGUCAUCAAUUGUCGAUGGCAUUCAUCCAUAUUCCCCUACCGGAGUACCGCAUGAAAUCCAACCGCUUCAUUGGAGACUGGCGUGAACCCCCGACUGCUCCGACGUUCAACUCUGGCUUCCAAGCUGCUCUGUUAGAUUCUGGGGUGAAUGUGGUGACUGCUGGGCAUGAUCACGCCAAUGAGUAUUGCAUGAUAGAUGAUCAAGCACGGCUGUGGAUGUGCUACGCUGGUGGAUCGGGCUUCGGGGGUUAUGGAGGAUACAAUGGCUUCAUCAGAAAGCUAAGAAUAUUUGACUUCGAUGUGGAAGACGGGUCAAUUUCGACGUACAAGAGAGCGGAAUGGCCCGUCACAGACGAAAGACUGGAUCCACAGGGUUUGGUUGGGCAAGGA